UCCAGCAAGGGGCAGCGACACAAAUAUGAGCACUUCCGGUCGGCCGGUACACGAUCUCUUCUAUAAACAAUAUAACAACCAUGAGGACACAAGUUUAGCGUUAUAACCUUCCCUGAAGACAAAAACAAACCAGUCAUCAUUUGAAUGCUGUAUCUUCUAUUUUCCGCUUCUUAACACAGGACAUUUGCCUGUCAAACCGGUCAUGACAUUCCUUCGGUUAGCGGCUCGAAGCUGCAGAACUCUGACCGAUCUUCGUUUUCCGCCUGGCAGCUUCAUUACCUGCAGAAGCACCGCUUCAUACAUCCAGGGCCAGAGUCCCGAACCCCGCAUCAGGGAGUAUUUCUACUACAUCGACCAUCAAGGACAGCUUUUUCUCGAUGACACUAAAGUGAAGAACUUUGUCACCUGCUUUAAAGAUAAACAGUUCUUGGUUUUCUUCUUCAGUCGCCUGCGGAUAAAUCAGAGCGGGCGUUACGAGGAGGAUUUUCCUUUCCUGUCUCUGUGUGGUAGAGAGAGGAACUUCCUGCGCUGCGACGACAAGCCAGUGGUUUUCACGCACCUGCUGCCGAACCCAGCAGGAGACCAGGAGCUGCUCUCGUAUUGUGGCGGCGCAGAGAAGCUCUCUGUUCCUUUCCAACCAGAGGCGCUGUACAUGCAUCCAGUCAGCGGUCGGGUUUAUCAUCCGGGACUAGAGCGCUCGGGCGGGGUCGGACUGGUCAGGUCAUCCCUGGCCAUGGAGCUCAGUCCCAGCUUUGUUUAUCCACCAGAGAGUGGCCAGUCGGGACAGCCCACACACUUUCUGUGGAAAGAACAGAAGCACAGACUGACCAAUGAGCUGGCAGGAUGCUUCCCAGCAGUACAGGAGGGCAGUUGACAGCAGGGGAGGCUGGGAUAAUUUUCAAAAUAGUUCAUAAAAUCUAAAGUGUCAGUUUUCAUCCCUGGCAAGCUAAAAACUGCUGCUCUAUUUAUUCAUGAGAGAACAGUACAGUCUGAUGAGAUUGCAUCUCAUGUUGCGUCGUUCUGCUUUGAAUUUAAUUUUAAUAAAUAACAAUCUCCAAGUGGAAAUUUGAAAAAUGAA